UGUUCAUGAAUAUUGUUGUACUUCAUUGUUUCUAGAUGGAGUUGGAAUUCUGCACCGAUCUAUUUUCAAUAGCAAAUUGAAAAUUAUAAAUACUUAAAAUUUCAAUCCGAGAAGGAUGGAAAUGCGACUGUUAGGGAACUUCCAUUGUAGAUUCCCCGCAAAAUUGACGUCUGCAUUUUUAUGGCAAACUCUCAACAUUUUUUCUCUGUCUUUCAAAAGGUUUAUCUUUUCUUCCCGUUCUUCUUCCCUCAACACUUAUUUUCGUACACCAGUACAUCUGCACUUACUCCAAUCUCCCUCUUUUCUCUGUUCAUGCGAGGACCUCCGAACUCUCAAGCAAAUCCAAGCAUCUCUAAUCGUUUCAUACGGGCAUAGCAUUGAUGCUGCUGCUGUUUCAAUGCUGGGAAGUUUAUAUGCAAAGUUUGAGGAAAUUCAGCAUGCCCUUUUCCUUCUCUGUUCUUUACACGGACCCUGUACACAUCACUGGAAUCAGGUUAUAAAGACCUGUGUUGAUUUGGGUAUGGUUGAGUCUGCUUUUUUUGUUUACAAUGGAAUGAGAGAGAAGGGUAUCUUGCACGACAAUUACACAUUUCCGAUAUUAAACAGGGCUGUGGCAAUGAGUUGCGGUGUUUGAAGAGAUGCCUCAAAGGGAUUUGGUUUCUUGGACUUCAAUAAUUUCGGGAUUUCUCUCUGAAGGUGAUUGUUUUGAAGCAUUCAACUUGUUCAGAGAGAUGAAAAAAGAGAUUCUACCUAAUUCAGUGACAAUUAUAGUUGUCUUGAAAGCAUGCCCAAGCCUUGUGGAAUGUACACAGGUUCACUGUUAUGUGAUUAAAUAUGGAUUCUUGAUUGAUGUAUCGAUUACCAACUCCAUUAUGAAGAGCUACUCUAACUUUUUUAGUGUCAACGAAGCAGAGGCUCUUUUUUGUGAAUUAGAAAAAGUAGAUGUCAUUUCUUGGAACAUUAUGAUUUCUUUGUAUUCCUUGAGAGGAGAGAUGGAGAAAGUGACAUGUUCUUUUAGUGAAAUGAGGGAUGAUGUAGGACCCAGUGUUGAGACUUUAACGACAUUAGUUUCUGGGCUUUCAAAUGGUGGGUGUCUUUCCACAGGAAGCCAAAUACAUUGUCUUUCUCUAAAAAGUAGACUAUUGGAUGAUAUCUUGAAAUGUUCUUUGUUGAGUUUUUAUGGAAAGUGUAGUAACUUGGAGGGAUCAACUAAGUUGUUUGACGAAAUACCUCACAAAAACUGUGUGGUUUGGAGUGCAAUGAUGACCAGUUUCACAGACAAUGGUCAUUUUAUAGAGGCUAUUAAGUUAUUCCUUAAAAUGUUAGUUUUGGGUAACAAGCCGGUCUCAGAAAACUUUGAGAACCUCGUUAUUGCUUAUACAAAUAUGGGUGCUUUGCAACUGGGAAAAGGAGUUCAUGGAUACCUUAUAAGGAACUCACUCUAUAUUAGCAAAACUCUAAAGACCUCGAUCUUGAACAUGUACAUAAAAUGUGGAAAAAUCUCCUCUGCAAGAAUCUGCUUUGAUGAAAUGGCAUCAUCCAGAGACGUGGUGAUGUGGACAUCGAUGAUUGAAGGGUAUGGGACCCAUGGACUAGGUUCAGAAGCAGUCCGCUUGUUCCGCGCCAUGGUAGAAGAAGGACCUGAGCAGCCAAACAGUGUGACUUUUCUAAGCUUGUUGUCUGCUUGCAGUCACUCUGGCCUUUUGACUGAAGGUGUUGAAAUCCUUCACUCAAUGAAAACGAGGUUCAAGGUUGAACCUGAUUUGAAUCAUUACACUUGCAUUGUUGAUCUAUUGGGACGGCUGGGUAAGGUUAAAGAGGCCCUAACCAUGGUAAUGAAACUGGCCGUUUUACCAGACAGCAGGGUUUGGUCUGUCCUCCUUUCUGCUUCUUUGCGAGGGUGUAACUGUCAGAAAGUUGCAGAUUAUGCUUGUCAAAGGAUCAUGGAAUUGGAUUCUGAGAAUGCUGGAUACUACACUUUGUAUAGCAAUGUUCAAGCUAGUGCUGAAAGGUGGGAUGGAGUUGAAUGUAUAAGACGUACCAUGAAUGAAAGGUUUCUAGUAAAGAAACCAGGCUGGAGCUGUAUAGAAGCUUGAUGGGUUGUUCCCGGGCUGGAGGAGUUGAUUUCUAAGUAGGAAAGUGAAAGCUCAUUUCUCCCUGAAAAUAUGCGUGCAUGGGUUGUGUUCCCUCCCUGGUUCUUCAGUAAGAGUACUGGCAAAGUUCUUGAGAUGUGAACGAACUAUGCUUUUUCUGGGUAAUUCAGGCAUCACUAUCAAUCUGGGAAUGAUAAAGAAGCUCUCUUAUUUCUGGAAAUUGAGCCUAGCUGUGUCUUUUCAAUUGUUGAGUAGUUUUCAGACAGAAUUUUAAGGCACAGUAAUGUCUAUUCUUUCUUUCCAUGAAAUUGGAUAUGUAGUAUAAUGUUGCUCCAUAUUCAUCUGUGUAAUUACGCAGUAAUAAACUGAUGUACUUUUCCCAUUGUUAAAAGAAUUUUGUCAGUCUUGGUGCAAUCAAUGUAUUCAUGUUUUGUCUAUAAAAUUGGCAAUCAAUGUAUUCAUGUUUUGUCUAUAAUUGACAAAGAAUUUCACGCUACCUUUUUUUGGA